GGGCCCCUCGUGUGACAGCGGCGGAGGCGCUCGGAGCGGUCACAGUUCGAGAGCGGAGCAGAGCAGAGGGGGAGGGACUCGGGAGCGGCGGCGGCGGCCCAGCGUGUGGAGAAGGCUUCGGGCCAGUGUGUGAGGGGAGUUCCGGCAGUCCCCGUCCGGGUGCCGGUCGGCUUCGGUCCCAUCCCAGUCUCGAGAUGAGCAAUAUCGAGAUCCCGGUAGGGCUCACGGAGCUGCUGCAAGGCUACACGGUGGAGGUGCUGAGGAACCGGCCCCCGGACCUGGUGGAGUUCGCGGUGGAGUAUUUCACCCGGCUCAAGGAGAACCGGGAUCAGGAGUCGACCGGUGAAGCGCAGCCGAAAGUCGCAGCCCGCGGGGUCAACUUCGAAGGCGUGGAAGAGCCCAUGCAGACCGAGUCCAACGGAGAGGAAGAGGACGACUCCGACUUUGAGCCUCCUGUGAUUAACAGGUUCAACAGAAGAGUAUCAGUUUGUGCUGAAGCCUUCAACCCAGAUGAGGAGGAAGAAGAUUCAGAACCAAGGGUAGUUCAUCCCAAAACUGAUGAACAGAGAUGCAGACUUCAGGAGGCUUGCAAAGAUAUUCUUCUCUUCAAAAACCUAGAUCAGGAGCAGUUGUCUCAGGUCCUUGAUGCCAUGUUUGAGAGGAAGGUGAAACCGCAGGAACAUGUGAUUGACCAAGGAGAUGAUGGAGACAACUUUUAUGUCAUCGAACGUGGAUUGUAUGAUAUUUUGGUAUCAAGAGAGUCUGAAGAUCGCUGCGUUGGCCGCUAUGAUAACCAUGGAAGUUUUGGAGAACUGGCCUUGAUGUACAACACUCCGAGAGCUGCUACCAUUGUAGCCAUAACAGAAGGUGCUCUUUGGGGAUUGGAUCGAGUGACAUUCAGAAGAAUCAUACUGAAGAACAAUGCGAAGAAGAGAAAGAUGUUUGAAUUGUUCAUUGAAUCCGUGCCCCUUCUUAAAUCCCUGGAGGUCUCCGAGAGAAUGAAGAUUGUUGAUGUAAUUGGAGAGAAGAUCUAUAAAGAUGGAGAGCGCAUCAUUGCUCAGGGUGAAAAAGCAGACAGCUUUUACAUUGUAGAGUCUGGUGAAGUGAAAAUCUUGAUUAAAAGCAAGACAAUGACCGUUAAAGAAGGAAACCAGGAAGUGGAGAUUGCACGAUGUCGUAAAGGGCAGUAUUUUGGAGAGCUUGCGCUUGUCACCAACAAACCCAGAGCAGCUUCUGCUUAUGCCGUUGGAGAUGUCAAAUGCCUGGUAAUGGAUGUGCAAGCAUUUGAGAGGUUGCUGGGACCCUGCAUGGACAUUAUGAAGAGAAAUAUAACCCAUUAUGAGGAGCAGCUGGUGGCAAUGUUUGGUUCUAGCAUGGAUCUGGUGGAUCCAGGCAACUAGGCACACCAUACCUCAGUGCCUUCUCAGUUCAACAAAGAAAAAGCCUCCUGUCAGCAACACAAAAACACAAAAUAAAAUGGACACUACGGAACAGUUAUUGCUGCUGCUGUCGUCUCGGGCAUUUUAGUAAAACAUAAUUAAGCCUCAGCACAUAUUGAUGGGUAGAGGCUCAAUUUGUGCCUCCACUUUGCUGCUGAAAUUCCAUUAUUAGACCUCUUUUCAUGAUUAAUCUGACCCAUCUUUCACUUCUUUGGUUCAGAAUGGCAAGUCUCUCCUGCAAUUUAAGUGCCUGAUGCAAAGUCCAAAGUAAAAAAGCUAUUAAGCCCAUUUCUUUCUCUUGCUGCUGCUGUUAUUGGCACUUCUAAACCAAAAUUAAAAUCUGUAGAAACUUUUCUAUCAGGGCGGAUUAUCCCAAUUCUAUCAGGGAGGAAGCUUUUUUUUCCCCUUGUAGUCUCUUGAUCUCUUUCUUUGAUGUGACUUCAGUUGAUGUCAAAAUCUGCUUUUAAUUGUAGCAUUUAGUUUUGAAAUCGAAGUGAUGUAGGCAUUUGAAAUUGUCGAAGCUUUGGAGUGAGAUGGUCCCGAGGCCUUUGUGCCAUCUGCCGAAAGCGGCAUGAAUUGCAGCUGAUUUUAGGGGCGAAAUAAAAAACAAAACAAAAAACCAGCCCAUGGUGAUUCUUAGACGCAGAAGAGCAUUACAAUAACAGGUUCCAUAAGUUGACUUUUGUUUUGGGGAAGGUGAAAGGAAAGGAGGAAGAGAAAUAAGUUAGUUUGUUUUUUGAGCAUUGUGUGGUUAGUACAGUUUUUUUGUUGUUGUUGCUUAUUUCAUUGCAGUGCGUUUGAGUUGUGUUCUGAUUUAGAGAUUGCUAGGAGUCUGAAGAUGCCUUGAUAGUAUCUUCCUGAAGGACUUCCCUUGUUAAACUUCUGCUAUCCCUUUCUCCCCUGCUUUCAAUUUCAGCAGGUGGUAAGAUACUGCCGAGAGGUUGACCUAUUCCCUCUUGCGGAAAGAGCCCUUUCUACUUUAGCUUUGCUGUUGAAUGACAGGUUUUAAAACUCUAUAAAAAGGAAAAAAAAAUUGUAACUUAAAAGGAAAAGUAUUUCUGUACUCAAGAGAGACCCCCUCAAUCUUAUUCUUUUUUCAGUGCUCUUAGAUGCAACUAGACAUUCCCAAAUGUCAGCAGAAUUGUUAAAAGUUUUCAGAGGUUGGCAACAUUGAAGAUUUGAAGAAUUUGAGAGAGGCUCUGCUAGUUGAGGUGUUUGGAGUUAUGAUUUUUUUUGUCGUUGUUUCUGAGGCUCAUCUAACCUGGGUUUGAAAUCAAACACCUGUUCUAUGUCUAGCAUUUGUCAGGGAAAAUUCUUGGUGGAGCUGAGAUUUCAUAAUGAGGCAUUUUUAUCAAAUAGAAUAUCUAUGUGAGAUUCUAGGAGCCUUAUCACACAAAAGCAGUAACAGUUUCCUAUUUCAACUGUGGGGAGCUGAUGGGUCAUUUUGGGGCCCUCUCCGUUUUAAAAUUUCAUGUGACUCACAACACUCUGGAACUUUCCCAAGUGACCUGGGGAUUGAGUAAUUCUAAUUGCGGCUAAUUAUGUUGCUAGAACUGCCAUUUGCAGGAGGACUGCUGUUGUUGGCACAAUUCCAAUAUCCGAGAGGCACGCAGCUAUAACUUCAAGUAGUAUUUUCUGACCAGAAGUGAUUUCUUGUUCAAUCACCUCUUCACCAUUUCUGCUGUAGAAAUUGGAAGCCGAUUGAAAACUGGACAGGUGGCCUUGCCGUUUUAGCGAUCUGAACUGAACUGUAACUGAGGCUAAUGAACCAGAGAUUCAGCACUGUGAAAGACCAUUUGACGCUUGCAGUGUUCUUUUUCUAACUCCAUUCUAUUCCAUAGUAAGUGUGGUGAAUGUCAUCCCCCAGAUUCUGAGUAUCAGAUGAACAAGCCAAAAGGCCACAAGCAGUUUGUCUGUUUCCCAAUAUUGUCACUUUGUAGUCUCCAAUGUAGAAGUGUAAAAGUUCUGGAACAGUAGCAGCUGCUUACAAGAAAAAUUAGGAAGUGUGGCUUUCUGAAUGAAGUGGAUCUCUAAGAAGUAACUGCCAUCUAUGGAUUGCCUAGCAAGGCUUAAGAAAGUCUCACCAAGCAGUUUAGAAUCCUAGAUCUUAAGCCAGUACCCAUGUCCUUGGAGUUCUCCAGUGGCUCAUGCUAGGGAUCAACUCCUCCCUAACAAGCUUUGGAAAUUCCAAGGUGGCCGAAAUCUGUUGGGUGCUCUUGCGCCACAACAUUUCGCCGUGCCAUACAGACUGGAGCCAAGCAGGCUUUUAAGUCUUUCUGUUGAGCUGAUAUGACUAUUUAAAACUGUUUGCCUUACGGAGCUUUAAGUCCUCUUUUGGGCAAAAUGGUGGAACUAGAUCAUAGCAAAGGGAUUGGAGGACUUUGUAAGUGGCGAGAGUAAGAUCCCUCGGCUUGAGGAGAAAUGGCGAAGAGGUUGUUAGGAGGGGAUAUCACUGCCUCUGAAUUUAGAACAGAUGGAUCUUUGGGUACAUUCACAGUUUGGAGAGGUACAGGUAAAGAUCUGCUAGCCCGAUUUUAGUGUUUUCUAACUUACCCGAGGGCAGCAAAACGGCUCCAUUGAUACUCUGCCAUGUUGCAGUAUCACUUUCACGGUGUUUGUUAGGUCCGUGGUAGUCUGGAAGCAGAGAAAAGUGAUCUUUUGAAAUAGGCUGUAUGAAAAGUUCUCGCUUGGUGCAUUUUAGCCAUCUUUUACUCAUUUAUUCUGGAAGAAGGGAGCCCCAGUUUAGGUUGGAGGCAGUGAAAGUGUGCUUUGAAAGUGGUAUUAAGCAGGUGAGAAGGAACUGGUUUGGAGACAACAACUAACAGUAUUCAUCCUCAGCUUCCUAUCCCAGCCACUUUCAUUCUUUAUCAUUAUUAUUAUUAUCUCUAUUAUUAUUAUUAUUUUAAUCUCUUAAUGUUUGUGUGGUUUGUUGUGUGUUUUUUUUUGAUCCUUGCUCUAUGUUCUGUAAAACUGCUGUGGAUUCUAAGAUCAGUAUGGAGAGAGCUUUUCAUAUGAGCAAGUUAAUAAAAGGACUCAGCAGCAAAGUGGUUAAAGAGAUGGUAUCCUUGGGAUUUGGAGGAAUAUCUGUCUUAUUUCUGAUUCUUUGCUUGUGAUUGUUGUGAAAUCAGUGAGAAGAGCUUUCAGUCGUCAGUAGUGUCCUGGCGUAUGGUAUUUCUGUUUAAUGUCACAGUACAGGUUUCACAAUGUCCAAAAGCUGAAUGCUGUCUCCUUUAAAAAAAAAAAAAAGUGCAAAUUUCCACAGAAAAAAACAAACAAAAAAAACCUUUCACUCUUUUUCAAUUAGUUGGGUUUAGAAUUUUUGUUCUUGCCGUGUGUUUGCAAACCAAUCCUACCAAAAUACAAAUUGUUUUGAGUUUUUUUCACUCCAGCUACCUUUUGUUAUUCUUGCAAUUGUAACUGCUGAUGUGUUUCAGUCAGUUUCAAUAAUAUAGUUUGAAUUUUGAGAGGUCUUUUGGCUUCAUUUUACAUAUUGUAGGGCUCUCGCUCUAAAAUAUAAGAAAAAUGUAACCUUGUGAGAGAAUUAACUAAAAAAAUCUACUUCACCUGUCUUGAGUUGAGGGACUACUAAUUUUUUCCUCCUCUCCUUGUAAUCAAACAAAAUCUAAUUAAGCAUAAAGAUGCUACCUCAAGACUAAAAGUGCUUUAAGCAUUUUUCAUCUUUGAGAGUUCCAUACACCCUGCUGGAAUUGUACUCUGUUGACUUUAAGAGUUAAAUGUUUGUGGGGUUGGGGUUUUUUUUGUUUUAAUGAUUCACUGGGAUAUCCUUAUAUUUCGGCUCAUUUGACCGUCAGAUUUGACUCUCAUAAAGGUGUAUUAUUAGAGAGUGAUCAGUCUUGCACUGUAGUAAUGAAAAAAGAGGACCUUAUUUUAAAAAUAACACCUGCCAUAAACAAGCUUUUGGAUUUAAAUGGAAAGAAAAACAAUCUAAGGUUUAGCUUCACUAUUGGUUAAUAAAUGCUGACAUGUUGUGUCUAGCCUUCCUGGUUCAAA